AUGGCCAAAAGUACAAAAGAAGGGGCAGAAGGCGAAACUGAAUCGUCAGACCAAAUUCAACCAGCCAUAGAAUCCGUGGUCGAUAAAUCCAUUGACGAUCCACUGCCCGAAUUGUCAAACGAAGUUUAUAAUUGCGAUCGACAAUACGCAAUUGUUCUUGCAGAAUUGAUGUCGAUCAAAGACCGCGAAAAAGUCUACAAAUGGCUCGAAAGGUGAUUACCUAUUUUCACGAUAUUAUUAUUUUUAUGUUAAACUGGAGAAUGGAGUCAACCGUCUACUAUUGAAAUUUAUAUUGUAUAUGUUACGGGUAAAGUACGAAAGACACUAUCUGAAUACGAUAGGAGUAUAUACAGUGGAUUCCACUUAAUGUAGGCACGUUGGGAGCAGCCCUGUUUGCUCACAUAAAACGGCUGCCCAUAAACACUGAAAUUAGUUCAAAAACACAAAAUUUUUUUUAUAUUAAAAUUUUUUAACUUGCACAUGUGAAACAUACAAUUGAAAAAAAAAUAAAAAAGAACUGAUCUGGGGAUAGGAGCGGUCACUGUUGUAGGUGAGAAGUUGGAAAGAUAGAAUAUAUAAGAUUAUUUCAUUUAAAUCUGUAAGAAAGGAUAAACCAUUGUUGACGAAAGACGAUUACAAGCGCAAUUGGGCAAUAUACUUAAUUUUUGCGAUUUUUGUUUAAAUUUUAUUUCAAAACUCUUAUUAAAAAAAAAAUCGUCUGAUGAUUUUGAAAAUUUUAGCACAUCUAGGUAAGUCCAAUACGAGUAUUAUUACCAAGUUUCAAGUUUCUACGUGUAUUUAUAACCGAAUUACAGCAAAAAAACUCAAAAAAACAAUUAUAAUUUCUUAAAAGCUCAAAAGUGGCUUAAAAGUAUUGGCUAUGAUACCGUUAGAUAGAAAGUAAAUCAAAAAGGCUAUAAAAAUGAUAUUUUGAUUUUUCGAUUAAAUCAUUUUAUCCUGGUAUAAAACGUCGUCCGUAUUUUUAUAAAAUAAUGAAAUCGUGAAAUUGUGCGUUUUUCUACACUGGAUCCAAAUCACCCCUCACCCGGUUGAGAACCACUUUACUAUACAAAUUGGGAUCUGACAAUAAUAUUAUCUAGAAACAAAAAUUUUAAUACUUAUAAGUUAUUAGUAAAAACUCAGUACUUAUCAUUUAUUUUGUACAAGUUUAAAUGUAUCAAUAAUACCUAUUACAAUAUUAUAGGUAACAACCUAAGGUAAAAUUAAUAAUAUAGAGUACAUAAUGAAAUAAAUUAAUGCUAAUACACAGAUGGUAAAUAAUAAUGAUAGGUAAUAACGCUCAUUUUAAAGUUAAACUUUAAGCUUGCUUUAAUAAAAAAAAAACUAAUCAUAGUAAAAUCAAUAUAUAUAUUUCUAUGUAUUAACUCAUAUAUGGGUUUAAUCCUAGUAUUUGAGAUACCUAGAUAUAAACUUUCACACUUAUUUGUAAUGAGCUUAACUUAAUGUACAUUAAUCAGUCUAUAUAAACGUAGAAUGAAUCUUUUGACUUUAAUUAUAUGAGCAGAUUUGAUACUAUGAGUGAUUGUGAAAACAGAGAAGACCGUGACUUGUAUUUGAAAUUUUUAAUUCUAUCACUGAAUAAUGGUAUACUGGUACCACCAUUCACUAAAGCACCACCACCAGGAUUGCGACCCCUAAGUAAUAUAAUGCCGAGGUCUGUUCACAAUCUCAUCUACAAGAACAAGUAUGUGACUGGAGAUUGCAAUCCUCCUGAGGAUAUGGACAGCAAAAUCUACAGUCCACCGGAUGAAGUCGAACCCAGACUGUUUCUCAGCAGGCAGCCGAUACCACGAAAUGGUGGUGUAGUUUAUGCUGCUGCAUUUAGCAGAUGA